AUGGCCGGCGGCGGCCGAAGCCCGCUUUUCACCCAAAUAUCAUGGAUAAUAUGUUUAGCCGGUGGGUUGUUUGGGUAAUUUUAAAAAAUCAUUUGAGUUUUUGAUUUUAUUUUAAGCUUUUUAAGGAUUCUACUUUGAUUACAGCAUGAUUCAUAUAAUUUUAAAGUGUAACACUUGCUGUUUAGUCAUUUAGAGAGCGUUUAAACUUAAAGUUCAGCCACCCGGAUUCGCAACUUUUUUUAAAAAUGCAAUUCCAAGUCAUAAACGAUUUAAAAAAAACCAACUUUGCCAAGUAAUAAUACUUGAAACUUUUUAUCAUGAAACUUUUUUCAGCAUUAUGCCACGGGUACCUAGAAGAUCGCGAUCUCAGUUUGUUACCGACUCCACCUCACUUUAUCCACGAGCCCAAUCUCCCCAUAAUGUAUUAUAUUCUGGAAAACACGCCAGACCGUGACAAUCUAGACCAUCUGAAAGCACGCACCUUCAACUGCAAAGCUGCUGGUGUUCCAGAGCCAAGGUACGAGACAAUUUUUGUUUAAUUUUGAGAAAUUAUGUUUGAAAACAGAGUUUUAAAGUCUAAAUCAAUGUAUAAUAAGUAACAUAAACCAAUCCUGAAACAAUUUGUUCACCCCAAUUUUUGAAAAAAAAAAAUAUUUCUAAUUUUUUGUUAUUUUUUUGAAAAAUAAUUUUGGUUUCGAAUGUUUUUACUCAAUCUUUCUAUAGUUGAGAAUUCUAGCCAUGUCACUACCUUCAAUCAGUUUUUUCAUAUUUUAUGUAUGCGAAGGCAAUAUUAUAAAUUACUUUUCGAAUUGUUUCGUUGACAUUUCUUUUUACAUGUUUAGAAUUUGACUUGAAAACAAUAUUUUAUUCGAAAAGUUAUUAUACAAUUUGAUAUUAAUUAAAUAUUUAUGGGAAUUUGGGAACAAUCAUUAAGUUUUAUGUGACUUUAGAUAAAACAAGGUAUUUUUUUAUGUUUUUUAAAUGAAAUAGCUUGAUUUGGCUUGGAUUUACAUAAAAAUAAAAAACUUCAUGUUAUUUUAGGUACGAGUGGAGGAAAGAUGGAGUUCCCUUCCCAUUAGAAGUCUAUGCUCAAAGGAUUGAACAGAAGAAAGGCGAAGGAACGUUCACACUCUCACAACUGACUUUGGAAGAUCAGGGAGUUUAUGAAUGUUUGGCUAUCAAUGAAAAUGGCACAGCCGUUUCAGAGAGGGUCAAGUUUGAGGCUGCUUGUAAGUUUAUUUAAAUUUUAAAUGUUUUACAAUAAUAUUGUCUCACAAUUUAAUAAUUAUAAUAUUUAAUUCGAGAAGUAGCAAAUUGAUGUUGCUUUAGUUAUCCAACUGUUCGACGAAGAACAACCAGAAGUGGUGCAAGUGGAGCUCGGUGAUCCUUAUCAUCGCAACUGCACUCCGCCGGCUUCGAAUCCGACGGCCAGAGUUUAUUGGAUUUUAAUGGGAAGUGAGCCGGGCUCUUUCGGCACGAUCAACUCAUCCCACAUCUCGACAAACGAUCAGGUCGGUCUAAUUGACUUAAUUAACUGUGUUUGGGCGCCGAAGGCAUAGCGACGUUGGAUUCUGAUUGCGUGGAUUUAAAUGGUCGACGCGUUGAAGGUUCUCAAAUACCUUGAGUUUUAAGGGGUUUCGGAAAUACUAGACGGUUUCUGGGUUUUCUGUACUAAUUUCGGAAGCCAUAGAAGGAAUUGUAUAGGAAAAGCUCAAGUUUUUGUUUGAUAAGUAUUAGCUCGGCUUAUUACAAGUGUCUGAGUAUACUAGUUAGGAAAAAGCGUCCAUAGAAACAGUUUUUCUUUUGCUAUGUAAGGCUUUUUUUCACUUUUUUAUCACCUUUCUAUCAAAAUUAAUACAAACCCUCAAGCAAAAUGUUUUACUGUUUGCUAAUUUACCGACCGAACCCUCAAACAGCAGCACUUUUGCACUGUGCGCUUGGAAAAGGUAUUAAUAACCGGUCGUGUUUAACAAGCCUUGACCGAUUACCCCAGAGUAUUAGGGCGCAACCCCUCUUCCGAGACUUGAGAACUUAUUUGUGUUUGUUUUACGUCCUUGAAGGUUUUUUGAUUCCAGAAAACAGACUUGUUGCAUAUUGUCCGUCCAUUACAGGAAAAUAAUAAAAUUUGCAUGAGCUUUUGAGGGAGCAGAAACGCCGCGCGGCCUUGACAACAUCCUGGAGACGGCUGAAGGCUGGCUGUCAGGGAAGGGGGGGGGGGGGGGGGGUGCGCGAGAUUGAGGAUUUGAUCCCGAUUCGAGGGACCGAACGUUGUUUUAACCGUUUCAAUGGGAACCAUAAGUUUCCGCAAUUUGUGCAAGUAUAACAAGUUUUGGGGGUGUUUUUGGAGUUUUUACUGCAAAGUUUUGGAGGGUUUCAAACCAUUUCGAACUUUCUUUUUGGCUGUCUGCGCAAUUUAAUUAUAAUGUGGAGAUUAAAGAUGCACGUUAAUUUUAAUAUUUAAACACUGUAAUUAUAAUAUUAGACAUGACCAAUAUUGCACUAGAUGGGCUCUUAAGCCACUACAACUAUGGUUUCCUUUCAGUGCAAGGUCUCCAUUUGUAAUUGUAAACUUUGCUAAUGUUGUUUUAAAAUUUGAUUACUUUGCCUCACUCUCGCACCUCCAUCUUGCUCUGCUCUGCAAAUCAGUGGGAAUUGUUUAUAAUUAGCCCAAAUGGGGAAGGUCCGUAAUUAAAGGGCAGGUGGGGCUGUUUGACGCCCCGACUAUUUAAAUAUGAAACAAGCUCACCUCAUGUCUUUCUGGAACAGCUGAUUAUGAUGGUUGGGGUGGGAGGUGGGGAGGGGUUGCGUGAGAUUAUGGCCGUCGUUCUUUCACGUCUUCUGCCCGGAUGACUUUUCGAAUCUGAUGCGAUUGGACAAGGCUUGUUCCUAUACUUUUUGCGCAUGUUUAGAGGCGAUAAUAGAGCCGGGGGGUGAAUAAUACAGCUUCAGAAUAUUUUCAUUGUUUAUGAGCUUUUUAUAUUGUUUUAGGUGUUUUACUGGAAAUUUAUUUUUAAAAUAGCUUAUAUUAACUAUGCUUUUAAAGUAAGCGCAAGCUCAUGACUAACCGAUCUGAAAGCUUGACUCAAACUUAUUUGACUCAUUUCUGUGUGCUGGAUCGAGUAACCGAUCCUGUGGUGUUUCUACUUGUCUUGCUUGUGUACUAUGCCUUCUCUUGUCCACUACGACCUCUCUCGUGUCCUCUAUGACGUCUUUUUGUCCACUAUGACAUGACCGGCUGUCUAAACUCCCCAAAGACAACAAUCAGUUGUUACAAGUUUUGAUAACAAGUUUUUCCUUUGAUGUACACCGCCGCAGCUAGUUUUUCUCGCCUGGCUAAAUAAAUUAUCCGUUAUUUAAUUGCCUUUUCUGUUUUUUAUUAUGGCCGAACACCUCUGGAGAAAGGGUAAAAAGUAGGAAUGGGUACUUGAGAAUACUUUCGAAGCUGUUUGAUGCCAGUCAGAAAGUGCCCCGGGGCUUUAUUUCACUUUAUUUCGUACAACUUUUUGAUGGCAAUUAGUUGCCAUGUUGCAAAAAGUUGUUUACUACUAAAAAGUAGUAUUAAUUGUAAUGAAAGUCAUACCGAAUGUCAAAUUUCUAUUACUUUCGUACUUUAGUUUAAAAAAACUUGCUUUAAUUUGCUUUUUUUAAACUUUCCAACGGCUAUUACUUGUAAUUUGUCAUAAAUUACUACAAACUUGUUUCCCCUUAUUCGUACUGUAAUUCGAAAAAAGCGUUUAAUUCCAAAAUGGGAAAUUAAACGUCAGCCGCCAAAUGUCACUAUAGCCAUCAUAUUUGCAUAGAUGUACUAGCGGGCCGGGACGGGCGUCGGGGGACCAGAUAAGGGGGCAGAUAACAUAAAACGCGGUUUACCUAGUCCAUGAAACCAGAACUAUCUGGUUCGAAAGCCGGCUCUCGAGGCCACCUGUCCUCAGGGCUUGUUUUCCCAAGGUGCGUGUCGUCUUUGCUGUUUGUUGAGCCAUGUAUGUAGUGACUCUUCCCGGAUUGACAUCGGAUUUGGCUUUUUAAAUGCCAUAUUUCCCCAAAACGGCGGACGGUUUGGACGGCGUCGUUCAUCUCUUGGCCGUCCGAUUGGUUCCGGCCGAAGAAAAAAACUUUGCGCACUCCUUUAGGGCAUGGAGACGCUGAAACAGGCGCGUCUAAGUCCUCCCGCAACUCCCACUCCCAAAGGUCUCUCCCUCGUCUUUCGUUUGCCAAAAAUGGCUCCAGGGCAGGGGGUGGGGGGAGCGGGGAGAAGUCCACAGAGUUGUUGUUUCAGUCGGCCCGAAGAUCCUCCAACUUGGAUGUUCUCACGUUUAUAAGGUUGUUUGGUACAAAUUAGAUUUGGUUUUGUUCCCAACAUGCAAAUGAUGGGAAUCUGGGGCUUCAAGAGGCUAUUCGUUUUAUGAUAGUCAUUUCUAUUGACUUUGAACAUGUCUGUCCUCACAUUUAUUUGAAAAAGACUUCAGAAAAAGCAUGUUACUUAAUGUUGGUCUGGUGUUACUUAAUGUAGACGCUUUUUGCUUUAAUUUCUAAACAAACGUACGUUUUGUUUAGAAAUUAUCUACCCAAAUUUGUUUUCCUGCAUGAUACUACACUUUUUCACCCUAAUUACUACCCGAAAUAGCAUCGUGUACUAGGGCUAUAAAUCUGGAGGGCGAUUUGUUGUAACAAAUGUAUUCAUAACCAGGCACAAAUUCCUAAACGAGUAAUGUUUGGCCGCCUCUUGGACACCGGAUGUGUGGAGACCAGCAAGCAUGAGUGUCUUCUUGUGACGCUUUUAACCCGCGCUCUCGACUUUUGUUUGCGAUCCCGAUCUUUCCGCGGGUCUUUGGCCUGGCUGUGGAAGAACGCUUAAGCGGUUUGGCCUCCUCAUUAUUACAUUCGAGCCCAUAACCUAUUCCAUGAUAAUGUAUUGAGCCAGUAAUUCAUUAGGCGGCGUUAAAGAGUCCUGAUGAGAGAGCCAGAAGUUUGUUGUGUCCAGUCUGAGUUAGCCAUUAUGGGUUUGUAACUUAUUACGCGUAGUUGAGAGACCAUAACGUGAAGUUAAUGUAACGUGAAGCCAAUGUAACGUGUAGUUAAUAAGCGAGAACUACUUGACUUUGUCCUAACCGCAUUGUCAUAGGAAACUGGGACCAACGCCUGAGGGCCGAGCUUCCUUUUCGUCUUAGCCUAGCCAUGCUGCAAAGGCGCGGCGCCCGGCCGCUAGCGACCGCGCCACCCUGCCAGCGGCCCAAACACAGAACAACAAUUUUAGCUGGGAUUCUAUGUUUGCUCACGGUCAGUUUCGUUUCUUUUUUAGGGUACCAUUUUCUUUCACCAUGUUAAACAGUCCGAUUUCAAGAUCGACCGCUUUUACACGUGCACGGCCGAGAACACCAAGAUCAAGGACUACAAGUUUGGAAGCCAAUUCAAGCUGAAUGUGACGACUAACAAGAGGAGAAGCCGUAAGUCCUCAUUUCUUAUGCAAAACAAACAAUAAAGGGAGUAUCGGUUACAAUGGGAAGGAACAACGUGAUUAAGCGUUGUGAAUUCCUAAAUUUAACAGUUACGUAACAAAGAAAAGGCGUGACACAUAUUACGCAACAUUUAUAAAUCAAAAAUUUAAUUAGCUAAACUUAUCAUAACCUAAUCAAUGAUGACUUGAGAGAUGACAAAAUAAUAAAAAUUAACCAUUUCAGUAGAAGAUUCAGCCCUAAUACCUCCAGCUGAACAGUACGUCAACCGGUCAAGUCCGAUCGCUUUAGUCGGCCAAACAUACAAACUGCAUUGUCUCUUCUCAGGAUAGUAAGUUGUGGCAGCAGUAAUCGUUAUUGUCAUUUUAGUCCCGAGCCAAUCCCGACUUGGUACAAGGACGGAGUCGAGAUCAGCCAAGAUAACGCCGAAGGCUUCUUCUUCGAAGCCUAUGGAAAGACACUGGCUUUCAAUGCGACGCCAGAGAAGGCUGGCAAGUACGACUGCAAGUUCCCCAAUCACAACGACAUUGACCGGGUCUUUGAUGUUGUAGUAGAUGGUAGGUUAUGGUAGAUGGUCGAGUGUUGAGGGCCAUUGAUACCUGUAUCAUAGUAUACAUAAACUAUGCUAAUUUGCAAGAACACUCUAACAUCGUAUAUGUUGUUGUAAACCGUGACGAAUCUCGGGAAAUGACUCAUUUCUUUGUAGCUGCUCCAUAUUGGCCCGGAGGCCCUCCGCCCAACACGAACACGAGCGAAGGCGAGACGGUUGUCUUUGACUGCCGAACCAUCGGAAAGCCGGUCCCCACCGUCACUUUCUACAAGAAUGGAGUCGGUAUGUUGUGUUAUUGUGCUAUCUAUGCUAUGUCACCCCAUCAUGGCCUUGUUCAUCAUAUUUCCUUUAGAAAUGACCAAGGAGUCCACGCCUGGCAACUGGGAGAUCGACAAGACGAAGCUGGUUCUUCACAAUGUCAGAAAGGGUGUCAAUGGCAUGGGCGACAACGCCGUCUACCAAUGUAAAGCAGAGAAUAAGCACGGCUAUCUGUGGACCAACUUUUACCUGAACUUGUUAGCCUUUGGCCCGAGGUUGCUGGAAGAGCCGAGUGAAGUCGAGGCUGUAGAAGGUAAACCCUUCAACAUGGAAUGCAAGUUCUUCGCUUCCCCACUACCCAACGUCACCUGGGAGAAUCCAUCGCUUCUGGGUGAAGAUUAUCGUACCGAAGUCGACUCACAAGGUGUAGCUCAUCUCACCAUCGAACGUGAGUUUAGGCUUUUUUCCUAAAUAUUAAAUUUUUAUAUGUUGUUGUUAAUAUUAUUACAGCUCUUUGUGUAAGAUAACUAAUUUUUAAAAAUUCAAAAUGAAAAAUUAAUAUGACUAUUUUAGGAGUGACAGAGGACCAUGAAGGUGAAUACGACUGUGUAGCCAAAAACAAGUACGGUACAGCCAAAGGGACGAUAAAACUAUCAGUGAGAAGUAAGUGAAAACAAUCAUUUCACAAUUUAAAUUUAGAGCCGACGCUUCUGAAGCCAUUCACGGAGCCAAUACAGGUAGUCCAGGCUGGCCGAGCAUUGAAAUUGCCGUGUAGCGCUGACCACGAUGACGAUCUCGAUGUGACGUACACAUGGAAGGUAGACGGCCUGCCAUUAGACCAGUCGAAGAUAGAAAGUGGCCAAUUCGUGAUUGACGAUGACAACACUUUGACCAUCGAGAAUCCAACUCAGUUCGAUUCUGGAGACUAUCAGUGCACGGCAUCGACGAAGCUGGAUGAAUCUUCGAAAAGUGUCAAGAUCAGCGUACAAGAUGUUCCUGGUCCUCCACAUGCUGCCAGAAUCGAACGAUGUGAUGGAAAGACUGCUACAGCCACGAUAUACUUCGAGCACCUGGAAUCUAAGAACACCGUGGUACCAGUCAAAGAAUUUUGGUAAGUGAUCGUAUGUUAUAGUAGAUAUUUUGUGUUUAGGGUGAGGUACAUGGCUGAUCCUAGCGUUGAGCUAGUCCAAUGGAAGGUACAUCCAGUACCAAUCAGUGCCAUCGACAAUGAAGCCGUGGCUUCAGCUAGGCACGUCAAGGCCAACGCUACCAUUGCUCUGAAGCCGUACGGUCGCUACGUGUUCCAAGUGAUUGCUAGGAAUACAGUAGGGGACAGUUCCCCCACAAAAGUCAAAGGACAAUGUGACACUGACGAGAAACAACCCUACAGGAACCCUGCCAACGUUAAGACAUUAAGCACGAACCCUGGCCAGCUUACUGUAACAUGGGAUCCGAUGCCGCGAGAUGAGUGGAAUGGCAGAGACUUUGGAUACGAAGUGCUUUAUCGACCGGUAAGACAGCGUUUUAAAAACGUAUCAGCUUUUUAUAAAUUUAAAAAUUUAAUUGUUCUAUAUGCUAUUAGCAAUAAAAGUUUUAAAAUUUUAAAAACUCACGUGAUUCAUAUUCAGAAGGAGGAAGGCGGCCAAUGGAAGACCAUGGAAGUCAGCGACCCCUUCAGCGAUACAGCCACAAUCGAAUUCGAGAAUCCUCAACCCAUGAAGUCGUACGAAUUCCAAGUAAAGUCCAAGAAUCGUCACGGUGCUUCUCUGGUCGAACCCCAAACCAUUGACGGCCGAACUGGAGAAGCAGUGCCUGAAGUCAGACCAGAGAACUUCAGAGUUGAAGGUGUUACCUCAACGUCAGCUACCUUCCACUGGGACCGAGUUGAUCCUUCUCAGAUCCAAGCCAACUUCACUGGCUACAAGGUCACGUUCUGGCACGAAGACGAAGAUCUUCCGGCUGAAGACGACGUCAAACAUCUGAAGCGACGUCGACGUCAGAUUCCUGAAAGUAGAAGAAUGAAGUCGGUAGUGGUGGCUCCAGACGCUACAAGUGUGACAGUUCACGGGUUAAAGCCGAAUGCACAAAACUACGCCGUGGUACAGGUACUGACCGAACAGCACGAAGGUCCCAAAAGCGAAGUUUUGACAUUCAGAACACGAGAAGGAGGUAAGCAACAUAAAAGUUUCUUGAUAGCAAUGUCGUAAAAUGUGUUUAAAGGAAGUCGGUAAACAAGGUUUUAUGACCCUUGGGUGUUUUAUCUAAGACUGUUUUAUUGUUUUGUUGUUUACAACACUUAGACUGUAUAAACAUUAAAAUAAAAAAGACAAUCUUAAAAUUCAAAAAUUUAAAUAAACUUUACAGUACCCACCCCGGUUCGAGAGCUGAACGCUUACCCCAUGAACAAUUUGUCGCCGCUGGAGAAGGGGAUCGUGGUCCUGAAAUGGGAGCCGCCGCGUGCCAAUAAUGGCCGUCUCACCCACUACUCGGUACUGCAAUGUAGAACGCAUGGAGUAAAUGAUGAACAAGUCGCUUGCCAAGCCCCGCCCAUCGAGGUUUCCGGCAAAACUACCGAAAUCCGACUAUCCGAAUUGGAAUUCGAGUCCAAUUACCGGUUCAAAGUGUACGGGCACACCGCCUCCGGGCAAGGAGCCCCCAACUCGGCCGACGCCAAGACCCUGCCCGAGGCAUUGCGCUUCCAACGUGAGUAGUUUUAAUUGUUAUUGAUCUGACAAACACAUUUGUCUCAAUUUGGUUGUUUUCGAGCAAUACCUCCUCCCUUCUUUCUCUCGGUCGUAUCGACAGACAAACUUCUUUCAAUUGACAUGAGUUGACAACCCUUCCACUUCUUUUUUGCCUCCGGACAUCUGACCACUCCAAGGUCACAAAUUAUAGUUUACAGAUCGCUAUUUACAGAUCGCUAUAAUUUACUUUGUUUACUGAGUAGGUAUACACCCAGCAGGUCAGUAACAGAGAGAGCCCCCACCAGAUCCCCUAAUAUUUAAAAUGCGCACAUUUCACCGAAUUUCAAAGUCGGGAAUGGGGGGGGGGGGGGCUCAGCUGGCCCUUAAUUCAGUCCAUUACGCAACGAAUGGCCUUGGUUUUGUUUCCAGUAAUCGCAUUGGAUCAAAAAGAGGAGUCUAAUCGCUGCCUCCCUCCCUUUCUUAAUCAAAACUUUCUUUCAAAUUAGGACAUUCGGAACGGGGGUUUUGCUCGGCUGUUCUUGGCCGUCCAUCCGGGCUAGUUCGGGGCGAGUUUUGCAGGAAGGCGAGACAACUGCCGUUUAAAAGGCCCUCUUUGAAUCGAGUGAAAACUGUUUCCCCUGCGGCCGUCGUAUGACGACGCGUUUUAUUAUAAUCUGUUACAUAAGUGUUUGAGAUGAUCAUCUGUCUUCUGGCUAGUUUGUUGGUCUGGAGUGGCUCGGCAGCUCCGUUUAAUGCCACUUCUGACAUUUCAGUCGAUCCAUCGAGGCCGCUUCUCACCACAGAAGGCAUCGGCGACCAUCACUUCAAUGUCAGCUUCGUUCCCGGCGACUACAAUGAGGACGAACAACGACCGGUCGGCCAGUCCUUCUACGUCAAGUACCGCGAGGAAGGCGAGACCGAGUGGAAAGUAAGUUUUUUUCUGAAUUUUAACGAAAUUUUUUAUUUGAAUACGAAUACGCUUUUUUAUUUUUUAUUUAAAUGAGGUUUUAAAUUUUAUUUACUUUGAACUAGAAUUAUUAUUAAAGUUAAACGUUGUUGUUGUAGGAGAAGAAACCAGAAGGUUCUGCUCUUCAUACCACGGUAGAUGGCCUGACUCCAGGCACAAAAUACGAUGUAGAGGUAGUCUCAGUCCAAACAGAUUCCCGAGGCACGGUCAGAGAGACAGAGUCAAGAGUGCACUCUUUAAUAACAACGGGUAUUUGUAAGUUUUUACUGUGUAAUAUCAAGUAAUGUAAACAGAAACCUUGACUAACACAAUAAAAUACAAUAUUUGUAUGACUUUACUUUAUUGUCUAGGUACAAAAUUUUUAAUUUAGCUAUAACUUCUUACUGUUUUGCCUUAUAGCGUCAUUACUUUACUCAAUUAAAUGCUAUUUCAGCUCCGUACAGCGCCAGAAUCUACUGGAUUAUCCUGAUUCUACUGAUCUUACUGGUACUCCUCUUCUUGUGCUGUUUGAUCGCUUACUGUUGUAGAAAGCGAGGUCAGAAGUACCCAGUAUCAAAGAAAGAACGGCUACAAGGCCGAGAACUAAUAACUCCAAAAGAUCGUGGUUUUGCUGAUUAUGGCAAGAUGUAAGUAUUGUAUUCACAAGCUUGCCAAAGUGAUAACAUGAUCUUGUUAAAGCUUUCUAUCUAUUUUUAUUUGUAUGUUGUUAUGAACUACUUUUUAAAAAAUACUUCUCCUUAAUCUUAACCAUGACAUUUUAGCGACGAUGAAGAACAGCGAUCGUUGACGGGAUCGCGGACGGGCGAAUCCGAGACCGAUUCGAUGGCCGAAUACGGGGACGGUGAUCCAGGCCGCUUCACGGAGGACGGAUCGUUCAUCGGCCAGUACGGGCCCAACAAGACGCUCGUCGUGACAACACAACCCUAA